UUAGAGGCUGUUAAACUACUUUAAUCUUGCUGACUUUUAAAAAUUUAGUUAAUACGCGAAGGAGUCCCUGCGUUCAGUGCUGUACCCGGCGGUUUGGGACCUUUGGUCGUGCACGCACAUCCUCACCAGGCACGGUGCAGACACGAACAUUUCCUGCGGAGCUCCCGCGGCUCCUGGUGCUGGAGGGAGGCCCUGGGGCUGCACCCAGCCGGGCUCCCCGGGGCAGGGCAGCCCCGGCUGGGCUCUGCGCGGUGCCCGUGCGCUCCCUCGUUCCCCGGCUGGCUGGGGGUGCCAGGCAAUACGGCUGCGCCGCCCAGCGCCGCCGCCUGACGCAGAGCUGCUCCAAAACCUGGAGGUGCCGUGAGGAGCGCCCUGAGUGAGCCCCCGAGGCGAGAGAGAGCUGCAUUCUGCUGGGAGCGGCUCUUCGGGGUUUGGGUUAUAAACGCUCCGUAUGUCUCUUAGAAAAGCAUCUGAAAAGGAGCAGAUUGGUAUCCCUGCUUUUGCACACCUGCCUGUGAUUUUAACGCUUUCCUUCCUGGCAGACUCUAGUCAAGCCUUUGCAAAGAUUUCCCAGACUGUGGCUUUGCUCGCUGGGCAGGUGCAGUCCAAACCACUUCAAUGCAGGCUCUGGGAUUUUUUCAGCACGCUCACGGAGUAUACGUGCUCUAAAUGCCUACAAUACAGAGGAAUCCAGCUACUUCUAAUGGGAUGCAUUUGCAGAGAGAAAGAAUUCCUCAUUUAAGAUGGGUAAUAAGCAAACUAUAUUUACUGAUGAACAGCUAGAUGCCUACCAGGAUUGCACGUUCUUCACUCGGAAGGAAAUCCUUCGGUUGCACGGCCGGUACUAUGAAAUGGCACCAAACGUUGUGCCUAUGGACUAUACAAAGGACCCAGAUGUUAAACUACCUAUGCAGCUUAUAAUAAACAUGCCUGAGCUAAAGGAGAAUCCCUUCAAAGAAAGGAUUGUGGAGUCUUUCUCAGAAGAUGGAGAGGGAAGCCUGAGCUUCAAUGACUUUGUGGAUAUGUUCUCCGUGCUCAGUGAAAUGGCUCCCCGGGAGCUGAAAGCAAUCUAUGCCUUUAAGAUCUAUGAUUUUAACACAGAUAACUUCAUUUGUAAAGCAGACUUGGAAAAAACCCUCAAUAAGCUGACCCGGGAAGAGCUGACAGCAGAGGAAAUCACUCUGGUUUGUGAGAAAGUGAUAGAAGAAGCUGACAUGGAUGGUGAUGGGAAAUUAGGAUUUGCAGAUUUUGAAAACAUGAUUUCCAAGGCACCGGACUUUCUCAGUACUUUCCACAUAAGAAUCUGAAGAUGUUUCUGCCAGUCCAGCCUUUCUGAAUCUCAGGCACUCCAGAGGCUUUUGUCCUCUAAUGAGGGCUUCUUAGGACUCAGCAGAAAGUACUGAAAUAAUUCUGGUUCACAGACAGACAGAAGCAUCAUGUGAUCUACAGGAUAUUUGGAACAGACACAUUUUUAUCUUCACUGCUGGCCAAGCACUCUGGCAAAGAUGGUUGAUUGUUGGAUUGUGGUUUUUCUUUUUCCCUCCCUUUUUUUUUAACAGUCAGAAUCAGAAUAUUGUUAAAGGUAUUUCCAUAGAGGUUUUAUAUUUAUGAAUAUUUAAUACUGCUCUUAAAAGUGCAAAAAAAAUUGAGAGAAAGAUUAGCUUUGGUGUGUUUUCCAAGAGUAUUUGAAAGAAAGCACGGGCCUUAAAUAAUGAGAUGCCUCUAUCACUGUGUUGUACAGCUGGGAUCUUGCAUGGAAAAUACCUGAGGUGAAAGAACUGCAGUCGAGAUCAAGCUCCCAGUGUUGAAGACAACCACAGCCCAGGUUUGCCUUUCAGCCACUGAAAUGACAACUGCUGGCUUUGGUGCUUACCUUCAACCAAUAUUUUAUGGAUUGUUGUGUCCUUAUAAAACUUGAAAUAUUUGCCUUUUGUAUGUGAUAACUGUGUACAUGACUCAUUUCUUCCCGAGAUAAAUGUUCAAACUGUGUCCUUAUUCUCAAAGGGUCUCCUGCAUUUUACUCAUUCUAUGGGCUGAUAAUGUUGUAUGGAGGAACAUGAUCAUCUGUAACUCAUGAAGAAGUUGAAGAAGCACAGAACUACUACUAUUAAGGACAUGAAAAGAUAUUUUCUUUCUAAACAAGCUAUGCAAUCUGUCCCAUAAAAUGCAUGAAUGCAGUUUUAUGUUUCUCUUUCCCCUCCAGCUGGAAAUCAGCAAGAUCUUUUUGGGUUUUGUUGUGGGGAUUUUUUUUUGUUUUGUUUUUUAGUUGUGUGGGGUUUUUUUGUUUUGUUUUGUUUUGUUUUGUUUUGUUUUGUUUUGUUUUGUUGUGGGGUUUUUUUGUUGGUUGGUUGGUUGGUUUUUUCUUUUUGUUGUUGUUGUUGUAGUUUUUGUUUGUUUGUUUGUUUUUUACUUCCAGUAUUGUUUAGGUACUGGGGCCUGAAGACAAUCAUAUGUGCAUUAAUUACUGUUCUAACAGUCUAUAGAAGGGCUCUGUCACUUACAUGGCUUCUGUAUCAAAGUCAUCACAAUUAAAUCUUUUGAAGCAUUCUGUUGUCCUUUGAGAAUUUUUAGGCUGACCACAUACUAAUUUCCUUUCUGAUCAUUAUUCCAAUUACUAUAAAGUUAAAUCUUUCAAUGGAUGAAAUGUGUUAUAUAGAAAACUGUUAAAGUAGAGAACCUAACCUGUUUAUAAUUUCCGCAGGGAUGGUGAUGCUUAUCUACCUCAGAAACUCUUCUAUGUGGUGAGCUUGCAGGGUAGUUUGCUGUUCAGAGUUACACACUAUGAAUGUAAAGAAAGAAGAAAUAUUUCUCUAGCAGUAUGUGUGUACAUUAGAAGUUUCAAUGGAAAUUUUGGAUAUUCAAGGUAUACAGGACAGACCUGUCUCAUUGCUCAGUGAAAAUGACACUUGUAUGUUAGUAAUAACAUUUAUUUUUAAUACAUAUCUUAGAGCUAUCAUGUUCAGUGAUGUUUAUAGCAUU